AUGAUACACACAGCAACUACACCUCCACCCACAUCCGAAGCCCGCCAUGGUUUUCUCGAGUUGUCUAUUGCUACCUUCGCAGUAUUUGUUGGUUUUCUCUUUUCUUUCUUUCUUUCUUUCUUUCUUUCUUUCUUUCUUUCUUUCUUUCUUUCUUUCUUUCUGAUUGUCUGUCUGUCUUCCUUUCUUUCUUUCUUCUAUGCCUCUUUGUUAUUUUCUUUCUUUCUUUCUUUCUUUCUUUCUUUCUUUCUUUCUCCCACGCCAUUUUAUUUAAUUCUCUCACGCUUUUUUCUUUCUAUCAAUAUUUUUCUUUAUUUGAUUCUUUCCAUCUUUGCUUCUUUCUUAUUUUUUUUAAUUUCAGUUCCGUACAAAAACUUUCUAAUAUAUGUCGUCUUUUCCAUUUGUUAUCUUUGCUGUUGUAAUCCACGAAAAGUCAAUAUUUACCUUGACCGUACAGCUGUCUCCCCAACACCCACCGGAUAUGUUCCAAGACACCCCACACACACACCUGCGGAUGUGUUGCCCAAAUUCCACAAACUUCCGGGUAGUAUCUCGAAUUCAUGCAGUCAGUUUAUUUUCAUUCAGUUCAUGAUCUAUCUAUCUAUCUAUCUAUCUAUCUAUCUAUCUAUCUAUCUAUCUAUCCGAGUCUUUUCAUAUCUAUCUAUCUAUCUAUCUAUCUAUCUAUCUAUCUAUCUAUCCGAGUCUUUUCAUAUCUAUCUAUCUAUCUAUCUAUCUAUCUAUUAA